AAUCCCGCGAUUACUGGGUGUGUUUUUUGGUUGCCCUCUCUCGCCCGCACGCACAUCCAUCGAUUUGAUCGAAUCCCAGAAACAUCCACUUUUGGGUUUUUUUUUUUUCAUUUGGAAUCCAUACGGUUCAGAUUGCUAGGGUUUCCUCUGCGGCGGAUCUUUUCCUUUUCCUUAAUUAAAUUUGCUGAAUCCUAGGGUUUUCUUUUAUCUGGCUCAGAUCUGAGUUUUUUUAAGGCGAUUUCGCUGUUAAAUUUUUGCAAAGAUGUUUUGGCGUAUGGCCGCAUUGUCCACUGCGUCUCCUGUUGAGACAAUUUUAGAUAAGGAAAAUUUUACCCUGGAGGAGCUUCUUGAUGAGGAUGAAAUUAUUCAGGAAUGCAAAGCCCUUAACGGGCGACUUAUAAACUUCUUGCGGGAGAAGGCUCAAGUUGAACAACUUCUUCGAUAUAUUGUGGUAGAACCUCCAGAGGAUGCGGAGAAUAGGAGAACAUUUAAGUUUCCUUUUAUUGCGUGUGAGCUUUUUACAUGUGAGGUUGAUAUUAUACUAAAAACAUUGGUAGAAGAUGAGGAAUUAAUGAAUUUGUUAUUUUCCUUUUUGGAUACCAAUCACUCCCAUAGCACACCAUUGGCUGGGUACUUCAGCAAGGUUGUCAUAUGUUUGCUGUUGCGGAAGACAUUGCCAUUCCUGCAGUAUGUUAAGGGCCAUCAGGAAAUUGUGAAGCAUCUGGUUGAUCUGAUUGGCGUAACUUCCGUAAUGGAGGUUUUAAUACGUUUGAUUGGUGCUGAUGAGCAUAUGUACACAAACUACAAGGAGUCAAUGCAAUGGAUAGAGGAUACAGAUAUAUUGGAGAUGAUUGUGGAUAAAUUCAGCUCUUCAGAUUCUGCUGAGGUGCAUGCCAAUGCAGCUGAAACCUUAUGUGCAAUAACAAGAUUUGCUCCUCCUGGUCUUGCUGCCAAAAUUACAAGCCCAAAUUUCACUGGAAGAUUAUUUCGUCAUGCUUUGGAAGACUCUAGACCAAAAUCUGUUCUGGUCAAUUCCUUGACCGUCUGCAUAUCUUUGUUAGAUCCCAAGAGGCUAACAUUCGGCAUAUAUCAAACAUACCGCCAAGUUUCUCAAGGACCAAUGAUAGCUGCUAACCCUGAGACAGUUGAAGGAAUGCUGGAGAGUUUAGGUGAUUUGCUGAAGCUUUUAGAUGUUUCCUCUUCAGAAUUAACCUUGUUAACCACAUAUGGAAAAUUACAGCCACCUCUUGGAAAACAUCGGUUGAAGAUUGUAGAGUUUAUUUCUGUCUUACUGAUGGUUGGUAGUGAAGCUGCUGAAAAGGAAUUAAUUCGUCUGGGUGCUGUGCAGAGGAUUUUGAACUUGUUCUUUGAGUACCCGUACAACAAUUUUUUGCAUCACCAUGUGGAGAACAUAAUACUGUCAUGUUUAGAGAGCAAAAAUGUUCCGCUUGUUGAGCAUCUUCUUCGUGAAUGUAACCUUUUGGGGAAAAUUCUUGAAGCUGAAAAGAAUUGCACAUUAACUUCUGAUCCGAAUAUGCCAACAAUUAGUGCUGAAGGUAGACCGCCUCCAAAGAUAGGAAAUCUUGGACACUUGACACGCAUAUCUAACAAACUUGUUCAGCUUGGAAAUAGCAAUGCUGAAAUUCAGGCACAUCUGCAGGAAAACAGUGAAUGGGUUGAUUGGCACACUAAUGUCUUAUUAAAGCGUAAUGCUACAGAAAAUAUCUAUCAGUGGGCUUGUGGGAGGCCAACAGCUCUACACGACCGAACCAGAGACAGUGAUGAUGAUGAUUACCAUGAUAGGGAUUAUGAUGUUGCAGCCUUGGCAAAUAACUUAAGCCAGGCAUUUCGAUAUGGCAUUUACAGUAAUGAUGAUAUGGAUCAGGUACAUGGCUCACUCGAAAGAGAUGAUGAGGAUGUUUACUUUGAUGAUGAAUCUGCUGAGGUUGUAAUAUCUUCCCUGCGCCUAGGAGACGACCAAGAAAGUGGUUCUCUUUUUACGAAUUCCAACUGGUUUGCAUUUGAAGAUGAUAGAGUUUCCAAUGAGUGCUCGUCUGGGGCUUUGGCUUCUGCAUCGCCCAACACUGAGAGAGCUGCUGUUGUCAAUGGUGAAGGCGAAGAUGACGAGGUUGUUGGUGGUGAAGAUGAUGACGACUUAGAUGAUACUGCUACAUCUUCUGAGGUUUCUGAAGGAAAUAAAAUAGAUCACUCCAGUGACGAGUCUAAAGACUCUAAAGAAGCUGGACCCAGUGCAAAUGACAAACCGCCUGCAUGGGUUGAAUGGAGAGAGACCCCGGGCUCCAAUGAAGCAUCUGGUUCUGGUGAAUCUGCUGCUGUCCCAAAUGGUGAAGUGCAAGUGAAGCUGGAGGAAAAAGGCAGGGAUGAUAACCCACCCUCUUCAUCAUCUUCUGUUAAUACAAGUGAAAUUGUUUUGGGGACAAACGAAAGCCUCAGCUCAACCCCCCCUGAGUCAUCUGCAAGUCCACUUGUUACUAAGGAUGAUGAUACAACUUCAGGAACAGAGUCUGCCCCUGAGAUUACCGAAGAUGUUGGAGAUCCAACCAAGGAAACAAAGAACUAAUGUACUUCCUGAAGAAAUGGUUUGAUUCAGCUAUUAUUACUCAUUCUGUGGCAUGAUAUUGAUCUGAUGGGGGGUGGGCAGGCACUUCUUGGUUUGAUCAAGCUGUCGGUUCUCAAACAGCCUUUGUGUACACAGUGGUGGUUGUUGAUUGGAGUCGAUGAUUCUUUACCUCAUCCACCCACCCACCCAGCAAUGCAUGGAAAGUUUCUGUUAUUUGAGAGCAGGUAGGUUCUAAACCACGGGACGCUACCCAAGUAAACCAAAAUUUAAUCAAAUAUGUUGUCUAGCUUCUUAUAGUGUUGUGACUAAGUAAGAAAAUGGCAGACACGAUGCUAUUCCAACCUUACUUGUUAAUAUCACAUUAUUCUCCUUUCCCCUUCAAAUUUUUAAUCGUAGAAAUGAUUUUUUGUGAAA